AUCGUCAAUGUAAAGCCAAGUUCGUUUGUUGUUGUUGGGAUGUAAAUUUGAAAAUGACGGUUUGCCUAUUGCUCAGCAGGUGCAAUCCUUACGGCUUAUAGUCUCCCUUGGCCAAUAUGGGUUAUGACCUGGACGAAGAUGAAUCUCUGGCCAAUCGAAAAAGUACUGAAACAACUUGGAAUUUGCGUCUUGAACUUCGGUUGCGUCGGACAAUCUUGGAAUCGCGCACUGCUCGCAAAUCUGUCAUGGUUAUAUCAUCUAAACAUACCAGAUUCCUGAGGCCUACAACAGAUAAAUCUCCUUAUUGCUUAAGCGUAAUUCGUUUUAUCCUUUUGCUGCGAUAUUCGAUACGCUGCAAGUUGAGCUUGCAGCAGAAUUUGCCUGCGCUGGUUCUGAUUGAUACCAUGUUGACAACCAGUCAAAUAAUAUUGACAUUCAUUGCGUAUUAAAACAGACACGUUAUGCCGUGUCUCAAGUUUUAGCUGAUACGCUUUUAAUCUACGAUUAGUGUUUCGUCUUACGCAGUCGUGCCGUGUUGAUGAACGUAAAAUCGACUAAUUGGCGAAUCUUAUGCUAUAUUCAUGUCAUAGCUUUUAUAUUUACUCUUACCUUUUUAUUACUAGGAUUUUGGCUCGAAUGCAUUGCUUGGGCUAUUAGGUUUCGUACGACGGGAACAGAAGCCGUAAGCAAUGCAUUUGCUUUGCCAAAGCCAUGUUUAAGUGAACCUCUAACCAGUUGUCUCACCGCCGACACACAGAAAACAAUCGAGAGCGAGAUAUUGACGAGUAGCAAAUCGCAUAAGCUUUUGGAGAUUCCAAUUCGGAAUAAAUC